GGGGAAUUCUUGAUUCAUCAGGACGAUCACGUUUUUGAGAAAAGAAUCUCGGAAAUUUUGCCGAAGAGAAUCAUCUGCGUUUGGAAACCGAGAAAAUCUCCACAGCCGAAAGCAGGGGGGCCGUUGUGGAGUGCAGGGGGAACGAGAUCGCCGGAGGCGAUGAUUGUGCCGCGGAGUGGCAAGCAUGGAGUGAUGUUCUGGUUGAGGAACUUUGUGAUUGCCUCUAAAAUUUCAAAUCGAAUGCCUGAGUAUCCCUGGAGGAGGGUGUUGAUCCUGACCAGCAUGGCUGCUCUGCUGGCUGAUGACGGCAACAUGGACGGUGUUAGUGGAGGGACGACAACGAACAAAAAAAGCCAAAUCCUUAUAUACCUUUGCCACAAAGAAACCCCAAUUUUCUUCUUCAAAGUCAGUCUUCCGUUCAACGCCACUGCCACCGCACCGCCUUCCCUGUCUCCGCCUCUGAUCCAAUCCCUCACAUUGGAACCCCAACAAAAAUCCCAAAUCUUCAAUUUGGCGACCCCAAUGUCCCACCUUGACUGCAUCCCCUCCACUCCAGGGAAACUAAAACCAGACAAAGCCUUCCGUUUUCACUCCUCUUAUGCCUCCAAACUUACCCUCUACUCCUUCGUUUUCGUCUUCUUCCUCCUUCUCCUCCUCGUUCUCUCCCCGUCCUCCUCCCCCACCCCCCGCCGCAAUCUUUCCACUGGCAUUAGCUCCACGUCAUCCCUCCCGUAUAAACUUCGCAAAUCUGCACGUCCUCUUUCACAAUCAGGGCGUAUCGUUUUAGUUACAGGCGCUGCUGGCUUCGUUGGCACUCACGUCUCUCUUGCUCUCAAGAGCCGUGGCGAUGGCAUCGUCGGCCUUGACAACUUCAACCAUUACUACGAUCCAAAACUUAAAAGGGCACGCCAAAAACUCCUGGAAAAGGCUGGGGUUUUUGUCGUUGAAGGCGACAUCAACGACAAGAGGGCUCUCCAGCAGCUGUUUGAUGCCAUCCAGUUCACUCAUGUGAUGCACCUUGCCGCCCAGGCUGGAGUGCGUUAUGCUAUGCAAAAUCCGGGGUCUUACGUGCACAGCAACAUAGCCGGGUUUGUGAACCUGCUUGAGAUUUGCAAAUCGGCUAACCCACAACCUGCAAUAGUGUGGGCAUCUUCGAGUUCGGUGUACGGGUUGAAUUCCAAGGUACCCUUUUCAGAGAAAGAUAGGACCGAUCGUCCGGCGAGCUUAUAUGCUGCAACGAAGAAGGCCGGUGAAGAAAUUGCGCACACUUACAAUCACAUUUACGGUCUUUCAAUUACUGGGUUGCGUUUCUUCACGGUCUAUGGACCUUGGGGGCGGCCUGACAUGGCCUAUUUCUUUUUCACUAAGGAUAUGUUGAAAGGGAAAACGAUCACCAUUUUUGAAGCGCCCGAUAAGGGUAGUGUGGCUAGGGAUUUCACUUACAUUGAUGACAUAGUGAAGGGAUGUUUGGGGGCAUUGGAUACGGCAAAGAAGAGUACAGGAAGUGGGGGUAAGAAGAAUGGUGCAGCGCAAUUCAGGAUCUACAAUUUGGGGAACACAUCUCCGGUGCCUGUCAGUAGGCUUGUGAGUAUAUUGGAAAAGAUUUUAAAGGUGAAGGCGAAGAAGAAGGUAUUGCCAUUGCCAAGAAAUGGAGAUGUGGAGUUUACUCAUGCAAAUAUCAGUUUGGCAGCAAAGGAGCUUGGCUAUAAACCAACAACUGAUUUGGAGGCAGGACUGAAGAAGUUCGUGCAGUGGUACCUCAAAUAUUCGAAUUCAAAGAAGAAGAACAGUGCUGCUUGGUGAAUUUUAUUCUUAUCAUUUCGUUUUAUUGGUUGCUUAUUUGAUCAUUGACUUUAUAAGGGAAAAUACCCUGUUUGAAAGUGGUUUGCUUGAUGUUUGGCUUUCUCAUUAAGCUCAGACCCAAUUCAUAACAACAGGGAAAACAAGAAACAUUUGUGAUUGUUUAGCCAGAUGUUUGCUCCUCUUUCUUCAGGGAUAUACUUUUGGAUGUUUUAGCAUGUACAGUCCUUGAAUGAUAGACUACAACAUAUUCUGAUUGUUGGAAUUAUUUUUAAUCAUCUUGAGACCAUUUCAGUAAAACUAGUGUGACUUAGAUUGUGGUGUUCAUAUUGUAAAUGCUAAUGUCGGAAUCAUGAUCUGAAAAACAUUGGAAGGAAUUAAGUAUAGAAUUAUAGAUGAUAGUUAUCAUUCUUUGUUUAGAGAGUAACAGAGACAACCGUGUAGGUACCCAUUUUUCGUUUUUCUUCAGUACUAAAAUGAAGUAAGAAUUUUGUGCAUGUGCUUGUUAGUUGUAGAUAAAAGUAAGGCUUUUAA